UUUUUUUAUGUACACUAGUGAUGCGAUGUUGAUGAACGCGUAGAGACGCUGUUGUUCAAUAUUGAUUUGGUUUUGAGAAGCAAGAGAGCAUCUCAUCAAAUGUUUCGGGACUGCACCUUUUGCAGAAGCACACAAACUUUCACGUGUCCUUCCACUUUAAAUUUCAAAGCCAGUUCAGACAGAGGAAGUUGCACUUCUCUUUGUGAAACCAAAUUACAUUGCACACGCUGCGAGACUGUCUCAUUUUAAUUGGUCGCAAAGAGAAGAUGUGGUGGUUUAUUGUUUUAGAUCAUGAACCACUCCAACAGUGUCGCAUUUGUGUUCCUCUGUGCAGUUCUUCAUCUCACUUUAUGUUUCAGCUAUGGAGACGACUGCUUGGAAACUAUCAUAGGGGACACAAACGCUUACAAAGCUCCAAUUGGGGGAAACCUACAGAUUAAUUGUACCUACAAGUAUGCUACCCGCUCUUAUCAAAAUUGCAGUGUCUCCUGGUUUAAAUUGGAGAAUGCCACUUUUGUGCCAGUGACCACGGACUCUCUUACUGACUUUAAAUUGAUACAUUUAAGCCAUUUGGAAAAAAUUUUGUUAUUGUGCUUCACAAAUAUACAAAAAAGCAAUGCAGGGUUAUAUCGCUGUAAAAGUGGACUCACCGUAGGCCACAACAUCGAAGUUACUGUGUAUGACCAAGAGACGACCAACAUCUUACACAGAAAUGAAACCAGUAUAACCGAAAGAGGCUGGUGGAUGUAUGCGUACUCUGUUGCAGGCACAAUUGCCUUUGUCAUCGUAGUUAUAUUUAUUUCUGUCAUUUCAAUGCUGUGGUGUAAAGGCGACUCAGAGAGAGAAACACAAACUGGAAAUCAGAACCUGAAUUUGGUAAACCAGCCACCAAGUGCCAAAUCAGAAGUCACACAAACCUCGUCCUCCAGCUACAUUUACAGUAAAGUGAGUUUAGAUGAUGACAACCAUACAAACUCAAGGACUGCGGAAGGAGACAUCGUCGCAUAUGCCGCUCUUGAUCACAAGCGGUUUCCCGCUGCUUCUACACGACCAAGGAGGCCAAAAGAGGAGUGUUCAGUGUAUGCAGACAUACGAGUAUGACUUUUGGUGGAAGUUCAGCUUUCUCCCACGUUCAAGCCAGGGAACUGACUAUAUGUUUCAUAUGAAACUGAGACUAGCUUCCAUUUCCCUAUGUAGUUAUCAGAUGGGACUUUUGUGUUCAAUGUAUUAAAAAAAAGUGCUACGUAUCAAACAAGUUCAAAAUGAACAACAGUACAACCCCUGGGCUCACUCCCUAAUUGUCUCAUCGACCCAGAGACAUGAACAGCACAACCUAUGUAUGCAUGGCCUAUACUGGCUAACUCGGAAACUACAGGCGACAAUAAAAGUCUGCCAUUAAUUCAUGCAAUUAAUCAGUUCUGAAAAAUUAAAAUCGGGCUCCGAGAAUAGAUGCGUAAACAACGCCCCUAAACACCCAGACCCACAAAACUGGGUCCCAUGAUUCAUAUUCAUCCCUUGAAUACACCUACCAAAUUUCAUUCUAAUCUGCCACAAACAACAGAAGAGCAGCAAUUUUACUUGGUGUCCUCUCUAAGAAAAGAGUGAGUGAAAACUUGAAACUUUCUUAAAAGUGAUGUGUAUUAUGAGUGGAAGAAGGUUGCAUGAAUAAGGUGGGCGUGCAUUGAAGGUGUGAUGUUUGCAGUUUAUGAAAGUUUGACAACCGUCGCACCUGCACAAUCUGGUACGUAGCAAGGGACACUCAAAAAUCCCAACAAACAUUUUUUCUCAUUCAUUAAAACAAGUAAAAUACUGACAACCAGUUGAACCAUCUCUUACUUAAAAGGCACAAUGAAAUGGUGACCAUGUCAAAAAAUGAAAAUGACUUCACCAAUGUAAUUUAACAUGUAGAAAACGAAUUUGGCACUUAAAUCUGGCUUUUUUUUUUUUUUUUUUUUUUUUAACCAUUUCAUCUACCGGUAGCUAUUCCACCCAGAACAAUGCAUCAGGGAACGCCCAAUUUAUUUUUUUGUUCUUCCAGAGUUGGGUUAAGUUAUUUAGAUUUUUUUUUUUUUUUUCUGUUUAGCAGAAUGACAAUAAGGCACUAAGUGAGUUUUCGGGGUAGGAGUCUAUUUCUACAAAAUGCUAAUACAUAUUUGGAGUCUAUCAAUAGUUUUUAUCAGGAUGGAAUAUUUAACUAAAUGGACUUUACAUUUCAUGCCAGAAAGAUGCCAUUUCAGAACUAUACUGAAAUGUAGUUCUAGUCUUCACAGACAGCUAUACACUCUGAUCUUUGCUGUAAUCUUUAUAAUAAAAUCUCUGUAUACUUCAGUAUAUAAAGAAAGGGUCCUUUAGUCUCACGUGCACGGACACUUGCAAAGUCAAACAUGCCCCAAAAUGAUUGGAUGUUAACCUCAUUUGUUCACACAAGUCUUCCUUUCCUUAACCACCAGCCAAGCAUUCAUCAAAAAGACACAUUUCAGUGGUCUUUCCUAUAUUUCUCAUCAGCACAAACACAUUGCUUACAGUUUUAGAGUGCAAGUUAUGGCAGCAGAAUCAGGCCCGACCCACAAGGAAGGAGCAGAGAACAGGAAGGAAGUGUGCAGUCUCAACAUUAAUUUACAAUGAAUUUUAAAAAAUGUCAUCAAAGUUAAAAAAAAUUUUUUUUAAAAAUAGAAUAAAGAUAGUUAAGCAUAAAAGAGUUUCUGUUCAUUUUAUGUUGGCGUGUAUACUGUACAACACCACACAUCAUGCUGGCAUGCUUGCCACCAAUCUUUAAAGGUUUUUUUGGAGUGUGUGCUUAAAUAAGAUGACCCGAUUUCCAAAAAGCAGUCAGUUGGAUGGUGGAUGGAUGGGUUUCCAACGCAUUCUUAAGUUCUGCCCAUAAUG